UUAGGUUAUAUUAUUAUUUGUUCACUAAUUUUGAAGUAAUAACUACGAUUUACUUAAAAAUUUUAUACAACAAUAGACCCUCGCCAAAUUUCUGAAUAAAGUAAUUUAGACAAAAAUUCUGACCAAAAAUGGGUGAAAGGAAAGGUACGAAUAAAUAUUAUCCCCCUGAUUACAAUCCUAAAGUCGGGGGAUUGAAUAAAUUUUUGGGAACUCAUGCCCUUCGUGAAAGAGCUAGGAAAAUAAGUCAAGGUAUAAUCAUUAUCAGAUUUGAAAUGCCCUAUAAUAUAUGGUGUGAGGGUUGUAACAACCACAUUGGUAUGGGUGUACGGUACAAUGCCGAAAAGACAAAGGUUGGAAUGUAUUACACCACUCCGGUGUACCAAUUCAAAAUGAAAUGUCAUCUGUGUGAUAACCAUUUUAUUAUUAAAACGGAUCCUGGAAAUCUUGAUUACUUGAUACUUUCUGGAGCUCGAAGACAGGAAAAUCGUUGGGAUCCCCUGCAAAAUGAACAAGUCGUACCAGAAACCAAAGAGACACAAAAAAGACUAUUUGAUGAUUCCAUGUUCAAAUUAGAACAUGGUUCAAAAGAUGUAAGCACAGCAGAAUCUGCUAAACCAAGAUUAUUACAACUUUUGGAUAGAAAUGAAUCUGUGUGGGCAGAUUCUUAUAGUGCCAACCAGAGACUGAGACAGGUUUUUAGAGAAAAAAGCAAAGAGUUGAAAAGUUCAGCAGCUGAAGAUAAGGCACUUCUUGAAAAAUCCAGCUUGGAUAUAAGACUAGUUGCUGAAACAGCAGAAGACAGAAAACUAGCUUCAUUGCUCAGUAAAAAAUAUGAUAGCAUUAAUGCAAAUGAAAAAACAGAGUUAAUAAGACAAAAGUUGAUCUCUAGUGCUUGUUUGCCUAGUAAUUUCACUCCCGCUAAAGAGAAAAAAGCUUUGAAAGUACUGACAGAUGGAAAAUUAAAUAUUUCUAACUUGGUGAAAAGGAAAAAUGAUUCAAAAGUGAAUGAGCAAAAUUCAUCUGGGAAUAUAACAACAAAUGGUGAAGAUAUUUCACAUGGUAAGGAGACCGUCACUGAUAAUGGUGAAAUAUCUGAAGUUGAGAACAAAAAAGCCAAAUUAACUUCUCUUGUUGGGGAUUAUGGUUCUAGCACAGACUCAGACUAAAUGAGUUUUUACCAUACACUGCAACAUUGAAUUGAUAGAAAGAGGCUGUGAACAAAAAUGAAGAUCAAUAGAUUAUUUUACAGAAAUCUGAUUGUAAUCUUUGAUCUUGAUGUCACAGAUGAGUUUUGGAAAGAAGGAUCUUCUGGUCCUCACAGUUGUAUUUAUUCCAAGUAUAUCUUUUACAUUAGGAAAUAACAAGAAUCUAUGUUCUUAAUUAUUUUGUAUUAUAAAUUUGUUUAUAUGUAAAUUGGAAUGUGUCACUAAAAUAAAAUGUUGAAGAAUUUUAACUUUUA